ACCAACUUCGUCUUCACCAUCAUCCUCAUCUUCGUCUGCAUCUUCAUCAAUACCCAAAUCAAUAUCCAAAACCAGCAUCAAUGGCGGGUUUGGAAAAUUCCCAAUUCGCAAAGCCACAGCCUCCGCACGUGCUCAUCUUCCCCUUACCACUGCAAGGCCCCAUCUCCUGCAUGCUCAAACUCGCCGAGCUCCUCUCCGUCGCCGACAUCCGCGUCACCUUCCUCAACACAGUCCACGCCCACAGCCGCCUCCUCCGCCACUCCGCCGCCCCAUCCCACCUCUCCCGCCGCUUCCCCGGCUUUCGCUUCCGAACCGUUCCCGACGGCCUCCCCGACGACCACCCCCGCUCCGCCGACCGGAUCGCCGACCUGUUCCUGUCUCUCGAGGCCACCGCCGGGCCCCUACUCAGGGAGAUUCUCACCUCCGAGGAUCGGCCGGCCACGUGUGUCGUGGCGGACGGGAUAUUUGGGUUCGCCGUGGACGUGGCGGAGGAGGUCGGAGUUCCGAUUAUUUACUUCGAUACGAUUAGUCCGUGUGGGUUUUGGGCUUAUUUAUGCGUCCCCAGACUCAUCGCCGCCGGCGAGAUUCCGUUCGAUGGAGAUGACUUGGACGCGCCGGUGAAAAACGUACCGGGAACAGAAUCCUUUCUCCGCCGUCGCGACCUGCCGGGCUUCUGCCGCGUCGGCGACAUCUCCGACCCCAUCAUCCAACUGGCGGUGAGGGAGGCGCAUCAAGUCCCACGCGCCGCCGGAAUCAUCCUCAACACCUUCGACGAACUAGACGGCCCCAUCCUCGCCCAAAUCCGCACCAUCUGCCCCAACACCUACGCCGUCGGCCCCCUCCACUCCCACCUCCGCUCCCGCCUCGCUGCCGUGCACCCUGCCUCCCCACCGCCUCCCUCCGCCACCCUCUGGGCGGAAGACGUCACCUGCACCGCCUGGCUCGAUGCCCAGCCGCCGCGAUCCGUCGUCUACGUGAGCAUCGGGAGCCUGGCCGUCAUGACGGCAGACCAGGAGACUGAGUUCUGGCACGGGCUGGUCAACAGCGGCAAGCGCUUCCUGUGGGUCCGCCGGCCGGGAUCCAUCGCCGUUGACGACGAGCGGCAGAUUCCGGCGGAGGUGGAGGAAGGAGUGAGGGAGAGGGGGUGUCUGGUGGAGUGGGCGCCGCAGGAGAAGGUACUGGCUCACCCAGCGGUGGGGGGGUUCUUGACGCACGGCGGGUGGAACUCCACCGUGGAGAGCGUUGCUGCCGGAGUAGCGAUGGUGUGCUGGCCUUACUUCGUGGACCAGCAGAUGAACAGCCGGUUCGUGAGCGAGGUGUGGAGGGUUGGGGUGGACAUGAAGGAUACCUGCGAUCGGGUGGUGAUAGAGAAGAUGGUAAGGGAGGUUAUGGAGGUGAGGAGGGAGGAGUUCGACCGGGAGGCGGCCGAGAUAGCGGAGUUGGCCGGGAAAAGUGUCAGGGAAGGUGGGUCGUCUUACGCAGAUUUGGACCGUUUGAUUGAGGACAUACGGUUGAUGAGCCGAUCUGCCUAAUGGUGCGAAGGAGAAUGGAAUGGUCAACUAAUUUUAUGUAGAAAAUUGAAACAAGACAAUUAAUUUAAGAACAUGUUGACUUAUAAUGGAUAGAGGAUAUGAAAUUUAUAUUUGAAGUUUUAUGUUUUGAUUUUUAAGUUCUGAUGGUUAAUGUUAAGAAUUUUAAUGAUAAAAAUUUGAGAUUUUUAUUUUAAAAA